AUGGAGUCACUCCAAUUAAUGUUAAACAAGCUGAAAAAUGUACAGUCCAUUGAGGAACUUGAUGCCAAGAUACAAUCAAUGGAAUUUGAUCUUCAGCAUGUAACCAUGCCACUGAAAGAAGAAAAGAAAUAUAUUCAUGAUCUUAAACAGUUAAGGCAACAGCGAGGCCAACUCACUUCUAAUAUGGGCUCAAUUACUGAAAUGGAUGAGGCAUUUGAUCAAAAGGAACAGAUUGAUGAGCGAUUUAAUCUUUUGAAGAAGGAAUUGGAUUCUCUUAGAACUGAGGUGCUGCGAACUGAAGCAAAUGCAAAUGUUGCCAGGAAGAAGUAUGAUGAGGAACAAAAAAUUUUGAGAGUUCUUCCUCAACAAUUCAGGGAUGCUGAUGCUCUUCACCAAAAAGCAUAUGGACAAUGGCGAGAACUUAAAAACAUAGUAACUGAAAGGGUAGAUGCCUGUAGUUUUAGCCAGACAUUGUGA